UGAACAUGGAAGAAGCCCGGUUCUGAGUGCCACUAUGUCUUGGGGGGAGUUCAUCGAGCUCCGUGACCUGAAGUCCAGCAAAGAGCAGAUAGAGCUGACUGGCUCACGUUCACCAUGCUCGCCUCCACGCCUGGAGAGAACCAACGCCCUGAGGAUCAGCCCGGGCAAAGUCCCGGACCUGCUGAGCCGGGUGGGCAUCAUCAGAGUCCUGAGCAGCAGCCAGGACCCCCAGCUCCCAGAGGAGAAGGGAGAAGGGCAUAACUUCCAACCCUGCAGCCACGCUCAGCCCACGUGGUGCGACCUGUGUGGAGACUUCAUCUGGGGCCUUUACAAGCAGAGCCUGCGGUGUGUCAACUGUAGAUUCACAUGCCACUACCGCUGUCGUGCCCUGAUUCAGUUGGACUGCAGCUGGGAACGAAACUCUGCGGCCGACCACACUUGUGUUGUCGAGCACGCCAUAGAAACGGACACAAAUGUGGUAAGAACCUUUAUAUUUGGCAGCACUGCUGACCCAGCAUUCUUUAAUAGUUCAAAUGCAAAUGUGGUAAAAGUCACGCUUUACUUUCUUUUUAUGUCAACUUCAAUAUCAAGGGCCUGUUACCACGUAGCAAACAGGCAUGUUACAGUGUGUGCUACCUGAUUGGAUGCAUGUUAACUGUGCUGGAAGGCUUUAGGGAACAAAUCAGUUGCUUUAUGGCCAAAUGUAGGAACCACUUUAGCACGGCAAUAAAUACAUGUAAAUGUUUCACCUCUGGUUCAACCAGACUUUGAAGCCUGUUCAGUGUAAGAACAGGAUUUCUGGGUGUAGAAGUCUACAUAGUAGAACUCAGCAGUUCACACUAGGAGGCUCCAAAGUAUGUAUCUGCCAAAACUUCCCCCUUGUUUUAGUGAUUUGUAAUGUUGCCAAUGAUGUUACGCAAAGAUGUGACACAAACAUCUCAGCAUGUGGAAAAACUGGUGAAGAAAUUUAGAAAUACCUCAACAGUGGGACGCAUGCUCUUGGUUUUAUGUUCCUCUACUACUUAUUACGUGAUUGAGUUAAAAGGAAACAUUAUAGGUGGAAUGUUUCAGAUGAACAGAAGCAAAUGGGAUUGUUUAUCUCAAAUUAUAGAUGUUAGAAAAACACUUGCAUUGCAGCUGUUCAUUUUCUAACAAAAACAAAGACAAUUUUAUUAACAUGUGUGAUUAUAGUUUUCAACAGCAAGAUCGUUGUUACAACAGCUACAGACUUAGAACUGAGUUGAUUCAUCUUUAGUCCCAUUAUAGUAUUAAUGCUGUUCAUGGUUUACAAAUGCAUUGCUGCAUGUGAAUACUGAACACAUUUAGCUA